CUUUCUCUCUCUCUCUCUCUCUCUCUCUCUCUGAGGUCUUUUAAGUAUGGCGAAACCAUAAUGCAAAUCUUUACAUGCAGAAAAAUCCCCAUAAAAAGUCCUUGCUGCUUAUGAAAUUUUGAUAAGUUCCAUUCACAUUUAUUGAGGACUUUUUUUUCAAAUGGCUUGCAGUAACAGUUACGAGUGUACAGCAUCAGACCUUCUCUGUAAUGAAGAAACCAAAAGCUUGUGCUUUGAUGAUGACGAUCUUGCUGAUCCUUUCAGUGACGUCAGCUGUCAAACCGAUGAUAAUAAAGGUAUGAGCUUUGUCAAUGGCGGACCAGAUUCUGAGCCAUUGAUUCAUUUGCCAAUUCUGAGUGAAGAGAGCGUCGGUUUGAUGGUUGAGAGAGAAAUGGAGCACAUGCCCAGAGAUGAUUAUCUCAAUAGACUCAGGACUGGGGAUUUGGAUAUGAGUGUGAGAAGAGAGGCUGUUGAUUGGAUGUGUAAGGCUCAUGCUCACUACAGAUUUGGAGCACUGUGUUUGUGUUUGGCCAUAAAUUACUUUGACCGAUUUCAAUCUGUAUAUGACCUGCCUAGAGGUAAGACAUGGGGGUUUCAGUUGUUAGCCGUGGCUUGUUUAUCACUAGCAGCCAAAAUGGAGGAAAUUGAAGUUCCUUCCACCGUGGAUUUACAGGUGGGGGGACCAAAAUUCUUGUUUCAAGGUAAAACCAUACGAAGAAUGGAGCUUUUGGUAUUGAGCAUUUUGAAAUGGAAAAUGCAAGCUUAUACUCCGUUCAACUUCAUCGACUAUUUCCUCCGGAAAGUGGCGAAAAAUGAUGAGUUCCCAUCAGGGCCAUUGAUUAUUAGAUCAGUUGAAUUGAUCUUAAGCACAAUCAGAGGUAUUGACUUACUGGAAUUCAGGCCAUCUGAAUUAGCUGCAGCAAUAGCAAUGUAUGUUUCAGGGGAAGAAAUACAGGCAAUGGACAGUUUCAUAGGAGUAGAGAAGGGGAGAGUGUUGAAGUGCCUUGAACUAAUUCAAGAUUUGAAAUCAAUUAAUAGGAAUUCUUCUUCUACCAUUACUGCAAAUAUGGGCAUUGGCACCUUUCCAUCGUCAUCAUCUUCAGUGCCCCAAAGUCCAAAUGGGGUGUUGGAGGCUGCUGCCAGCUUGAGCUAUAAAAUUGAUGAGAGAAACCCAAAUUCUAAAAGGAGAAGAUUGGACUAAAUGUGAAUAUUAUCUUCAUUCAUACCCAAAUAUCAGUUUUGGUGAAAAUGAGAGCGUCUUUUGGUUUAAAAGCAAAGAAAUUGGAGAGGUUUUUGUUGCAUGAAAGAAAAGGAGAUGUAUUGUCGAUUACCAUAGCAAUAUAAAGACAAUUUUUCAAUGGUCAGUUCUCAGAUGAAAAAUAGACAAGAGAGAAAACCAUGCCUUUGUUUAUUUAUUUAAUUUGUAGUGAUGGCAAUGGCAUGUAUCCUUUAAUAAGAGUUAAACCAAGAAAUUGUUAUUUCUA